CACGUCGUUUUACGUCAUGUAAUUGUAUCCGGGUUGGGAAAAAAGAGAGUAAAGAAGCCGAACUGUGUUUGAUGAUUAAAGAUAGGCUUUAUUUACUUGCAAGAAUUAGUUUGAUGAAUCCAGUAAUCUACUGCAAGUUCAAUCGUGACUUCUAUGUUCCAUUCCGAGAAAUGCUGUGUUGUCGCUUCUGUACUUUGAAAGAGGAAACGAACGACAGCAAACGAAGAAACUUUGCAGAUUUCUUCAGUCUAAUCAGUCCAAAACAGAAACUCUAGAA